CAAUUUCUCCAACGGCCAAACAAAUCUAUUCUGGGUUUUUCCGUCACAUUCCGUUCUUUCUCUCUCGCUCUCUGAUCUCUAAUGCAAUAAUGGGUGAUUGGAUCCGUAAAAAACCAUCGUUCAAAGAGAUAUGCAAAUCGCUUGUCAGAAAAAAGCGUCGCGAUAAGUCCGAUCCAAUGACAGUUCCAAGUCGUGAGGUCGACGAUCAUCAUCAUAAAGGAGCGGAUGAGAAUAAAUUCUUAAGCAAAACUUCAAGUAAAAGAUCCAAAACCCCAACACCAAGUAUAUAUCACUUGUCUAGACAUCCAAGCAGGAAAUGCACGACACCUACACCUUUCUCAAGAAAUGGAAGCGUUAGAACAAACUCUAAUUCUGAUAUAGAAGCUUCUACACUAUCAAGAAUUAUGAGCAGAAGGAGGGCCUCUGCAACUGCAUCGACGAGCCCUUUGGCUUCUCCAUCAGGAUACAUGAGCAGCAAGUGCAUCUCUGAGCCUCAAACUCCAAACCAUUCAGCCUCUCCAUCAAAAGAUGGGGGUUCAUCAUCUCUGUCUAGAAGCACCAGUGGAAGGUCCACAACACCAAUCAUAUUCUCACAAUCAAUAGCGAGGCGAAAAUCCCAACCGGUUGAGAUGAAACUUGAGUGCACCCUUGAGGAUUUGUGCUUUGGAUCAGUUAAAAAGAUCGAAAUUACUAAAGAUGUUAUCAAGCAUCCCGGGAUCAUUGUGCAAGAGGAGGAAAUACUGAAGAUUGAAGUAAAACCAGGAUGGAGAAAAGGAACAAAGGUUACAUUUGAGGGAAAAGGUGAUGAGAAACCUGGAUACCUUCCUGCUGAUAUAGUCUUCUUGAUUGAUGAAAAGGACCAUCCUUUGUUCACCAGAGAUGGUGACAACUUGGAAGUAAGAGUUGAGAUUCCUCUGGUGAAAGCACUCACAGGCUGCUCCAUACCCGUUCCUUUAAUAGAAGGAGAGACCAUGGCUGUGUCAUUUGAGGAUACUGUCAUACACCCGGGAUAUCAAAAGGUCAUUGAGGGGAAAGGCAUGCCUGAUCCCAAACAAGAUGGAAGAAGAGGUGACCUCCACAUUAAGUUUCUCAUCAACUUCCCCACACAAUUAAGUGAUGAGCGAAAGGAAGAAGCUGCUAGUUAUCUAAAAGACUGUAGUUAAUUGUUUUUUUCUUUGGCCUGGAAAAGGAUUGGAGUUAAUACCAAUGUUUUUUCCAACUAUAAUAUAUGUUGGCUUUUGAUCUCCUUUUUCUUAGAAUAGGCCUUUAGCAACAUAAAUUUGUAAACACUUAACAGUACAAUAUAAUUUGUUUGGUAUAUUAUCAUGUGGAAUAAUAUCUAAAAGUGUCAAUAUUAA